AUGACUGACACAUCCAAAAUAAUCAUCCGCUCUCCCCUCAAAUACAACCACCCCUCACCUACCUUCACCACUCCACCUCUCGAAUGGCUUCAACACACCUGGUCCGUCACGCAUUCCACACUUCCUAUGUGGAAAAAGGCGAAAAAUGUUCGCAUAACCUAUAAAAUUAUACCACCCGCCUCUCCUCAUGCAGCGCCUCUUCUUGACGACGAAGUAACCUCUACACCCACUUCUAAAACCUGGAUGCCGCAGCCGAAAAGUAUACAAGGCAUUGAUACACCAGAUGGAGAUGGGGCUUGGAAUUGGAGAGGAAAGGGUUGGUUGAAGAUUGCGAGUAGUCAUUGGGAAGUUUUGGGGUGGGGAGAGAGGGAGAUUACGGAAGGACCACAGAAGGGUGAGAAAGAGAGGUGGGUUGUUACUUGGUUUGCGCCGAGUUUAUUUACACCGCAGGGGCUGGAUAUUUACAGUAGUCGGAAGGAGGGUCUGUCAGAGGGAACGUACAAGGAGGUUAAGAAGGCACUGGAGGAGAUGGAAGCUGGUGAUUUGGGAGAACUGGUCAAGGGGGAUAUGUUUGAGGUUAAGAUUGAGUAUUAA